AAUAUCCUUCAUCAUCUUCUGUUUCCUCUCUCAUCGUCCAUGGCUUUGAAAUUCUCUCAAAUUCUCUUUAUAGUUCUCUGGCUCUCAUUCUUCUUUCUCCUCCUCCACUACUUGUAUUCCUUCAACCUCCACCAUCUUUACUCUCCAAAUGCGGAUGAGCCGUCGAUGCCGAAGCACCAGGACCGCAGUCCCGACACCACUAGAUUAGUCAGCAGAAAAGCUCUCUCCCAUAGAUUUGACUUCACUCCUUUCCAUCCCCGAGAGAACAACCACCAUCAUCGUCCUUCCGGCGAGAAAGACGACGGCGAUGAGAUCGAUCCCCGUUACGGAGUGGAGAAACGCCGAGUUCCCUCCGGACCCAAUCCGUUGCACCAUUGAUGAAUGACGAUUACACGUUCUUGAUUAGAGUGGUAACAUUCAAACCAAAGCCUGAUCAGACUUUACCUAGUUUUUUUUUGUCUUAAAGGAGGAUAUUAAAUAUUUAGAUCUUUUUGUUUAUUUUCUUUAAUAGGUCUUUCAUAGUUUUGGUCUUGAUACAUAUUUUUAUCAUGAGUACACAAGUAUAUUUUAGCUUUACUUUGACGAUUUUAUCUGUAAAUAUGUUGGUUUACUAUCAAGAAAUAAUUCACAUA